AUGGCUCCCUCAGUCGCAGACAACCACCACCACCGCAGCACCACGAAGCAGCAUAAGAAGGGCUUCAAGUCUCGCCAUGCCACCAAAAACGCGCUGAAGGAGAUCAGCAAGGGCAAGGUCGAGGCUGUAGGCUUCGAACGAGGAAGUCGUAAGACGCCCCAUCAGCAAGUUAUGUCGAAAUUCGACCGCCGCAACCGCUCGAAGCAGAUGCGCAUCAACAAGGACAACGAGCAUGCCAAACAGACCAACGUUUUCGCCGGACGAGACAGUGCACCGCGCGUUGUUGCGAUCAUUCCCCUGUGCUCGGACAUUUCCUCUGCCUCGGCAGUGCGCAGCUUGAACACGGCGUUGGACAUCGAGCAGGACGUUCCCGAGGCGGGAUGGGUGCGCACAGAUGUGGACCGCUUCAAGCAGAAGAUCCAGUACUUGGUUGUCAAGAGAGACCUGCUUGCCUCGCUCGAUGCUUGCAGAGUCGCGGACUUUGUUGUCUUCGUGCUUUCCGCAGAUGAGGAGGUGGACGAGGAGGGCGAGCUGAUCCUGAAGUCGGUCGAGAGCCAGGGUCUGACAAACGCCUUCACCGUCGUUCAGGCGCUGGACAAGGUAGAGCCCGUGAAGCGCAGGCCGCAGGUUGUUGCAUCGCUCAAGUCGUACAUCACACAUUGGUUGCCCACCACCGAGCGCGUAUACUCUCUCGACAACCGACAGGAAUCCUCGAACCUCGUGCGAUCGAUUUGCACAAUCACAACCAAGGGCAUAAGAUGGAGAGACCAGAGGAGCUACAUGUUCAUCGAGGAUAUUGCUUGGCCCGGUGGCAAGUCAGCGGUCAACGAGGAUGGUACCGGCGAUGUUGUGUUGACUGGCGUAGUCCGCGGUCUGGGUCUGAAGGCCGAUAGGCUGAUCCAGGUCGGCGACUGGGGCGACUUCCAGGUCGACAAGAUUGUCGCGGCACCCUUGGAGGCGCGGAAGAAGAAAGAUAGUGACAUGAUGGUUGAUGCUGAGGAGGACCCUGUAUUGGAGCGCCCAACUGAGGACCAGGAUGACGUCGCAGAUCUCGCACCCGAGGAGACACUUAUGGACGAUGUCACACAAUACGCUGCGUCCAUUGCGCCAACCGAGCGAAAAGGAGUGUUGCUUGACGACCAUCACUACUUCUCAGAUGAGGAGGACGAGGAGGCCCGACCGAAGCCAAAACGGUUGCCGAAGGGUACCAGCAAAUACCAGUCUGCAUGGUACCUUGAAGACUUCUCCGAUUCCGACUCUGACCUUGAAGAUUUUGAUAUGGAGGAUGUUGAGGAGGGCCAGAGCGCUCCUGCUCAUCCUGCUGAUGGCGAGGAGGGCAUGGACCUCGACGGAAAGGCGAUGACUGAGGGCGGCCCAUCUGAGUAUCCACAAUCUGAGAUGUUCCUUGAUCCUUCGCCGGAAGACGAGGCAGACCAGAUCGAGGCGUACCGAAAGUCAAGGAAAGCCGAGGAGGAGCAAGACCUCGAGUUCCCGGAUGAGAUUGAGCUUCAUCCGAACCAAGAUGCGCGGGAGCGUCUUAUGAAGUACCGCGGUCUCAAGAGCUUGAAGCAGAGUGUAUGGGAGAAAGAGGAGGACCGACCGUACGAGCCCGAGGAGUGGCAGCGACUGCUCGAAAUCUCCGAUUACAAGCGCACAGCAACGAAAUUCAUGCGCGAAGCAUGGGCCGGCGGCGUCAAGCCUGGUAAUCGGGUCAGCGUACACAUCCGUGGCGUACCUCUACGAUUGCAGCAGUCACAGUCGCGGCCUGUCGCUAUGUUCUCCCUGUUGAGACACGAGCAUAAGCGUACAGCCUGCAACUACAGCAUCCUGCUCAGCACCGACCAUGGCAUGACUAUCAAGUCCAAGACUGAGAUGAUCGUCCAGUGCGGUGCGCGCCGCAUGGUUAUCAACCCUCUCUUCUCCCAAGCAGGCAACACCCCUAACAAUGUCCACAAAUUCGACCGCUUCAUAUACCCCGGCCAAAAUGCCAUCGCCUCCUUCAUCGGUCCACUCACCUGGGGCAAUGUGCCUCUUCUCUACUUCCAGCGCACAACCUCCCAUUCUACCCCCGACUCGCCAUCGUCCUCCGGCCUCCAGCUCAUCGGCACAGGCACCUCGCUGCCGCCCUCGAUGAACCGCAUCAUCGCCAAGCGCGUCGUGCUCACCGGCCACCCCUACAAGAUCAACAAGCGCGUCGUCACGGUGCGCUACAUGUUCUUCAACGACUCGGAUGUCAGGUGGUUCAAGAGCUUGCCGCUGUGGACUAGGAGGGGUAGGAGUGGGUUCAUCAAAGAGAGUCUGGGUACGCAUGGAUACUUCAAGGCGACGUUUGAUGGGAAGAUCAACCCCAUGGAUGCCGUGGCUGUGAGUUUGUAUAAGCGGGUCUGGCCCCGUCCCGCGAAGGCGUGGAGUGUAGAGGAUGCGAACGCUGUUGCAGAGAGCGAGACCGCGCCGAUGCUGGUCGAGUAG